AUGCUGGCCUCGGUUCUGCGCGUGACUGGUGCCAGUUUAAAUGAUUGGAAAGUAAACUAUGAACCAGUCAAGGAUCGUUACAAAGCCGGAGUGGAAGAGUUCAAGAAGGGUAACAUGCUGGGCUUUGCAAAAUUACUUUACUCAAGGGCAUUCUACCCAGACAAUAAUAGUAAUUAUGAAGAGAGAAAAGGUCUGCAUAAUGACAUUCUUGGUCUGCCCAAAGAAAACUUGGAUGAAUACACGAAGAUCGCUGUGGAUAUGGCGGAGAAACAAAGUUGA